AUGAUUCGACUGACAUGUAUCCCGACGUGGGCGCUGCGCAUCGCCGUCCAGCGGCGCCUCGGGCUACCACUCGACGAGGCGCUCGCGCGGGGCGCGCCGACCUGCUCGGCGCGCGGCGGCGAGGUGCAGGACCCACUGGGCGACGCGGCCAGCAACAUCGGCCGCCUCGGGCACUGCGGCCGCCAUAACAGCCUCCUCGCCGCCCUGGCCAAGGUCAUGCGGAGCGUGUGGGGCAUGCUCGUCGAGGUGGAGCCGCGGGACCACCUCGGCUACUCUAACGACUACCGGCCCGACGUCUCGGUGGCGGGCGCCGGCCGCUCGCGCUCGCGCCUCGUCGGCGACGUCAAGUUCAAGGACCCGCUCUCCUCCAACCCGGAGGACCGCGGCGCUGUCGGGGACGGCGACUUCAGGCCGAGCGACGGCGGCGGCUAUGUGGCGUACAAGAAGGCGGACUACGCGCACGCCCUCUCGCGCUCGGACACCGACGUGCGCAACAAGCUCUCGAAGCGGCAGCACGAGGACGAGGCGAGCUGGUCGACGCGGUCGUGGCUCUCGCUGCAGGCCCAGCGCAUGUCAGUCGCGCUGCAGCUCGCGGCGGCUGAAGAGAUUGCGACCGAGCUCAGGCUCGCCGCGGCGUCAGAGGAGUGA